AGGCUGAACGUCGCACGUCGUGGGAGGAGGAUGGGAAUGGGGCUGAGGAGGUGUCGAGGGCGUUGCUUUCCAGUGGUUUAAUUUAGCGGUCCAGUGCCUCGGUGAAUGCAGCUGGCUGGCACAUUGCAGGGUGCAGGAGUUUGUACUGAGGGCUGCCCUGAAGCUGGGUGCACCCACUGCAACGACUUUAUUAGGGGAGGACCACAGUCUAGGGUCGGACUCCACUGCACGCUGAGGGGCUGGCUCCUUAGUUACAGCCCCUCAAACCCUCGAGCAUAAACUGAGUUUGCGCAGACUGGCAAUCAGUGCGAGCGGAGGAGACCUUGAUGAGGGGGUGGUAAAGCAGUUAACUCAGCAACAGCAGAAUGCAGUACCUGGCGGUUGGAUUAUUGGUACUAAACCAUUUCUUGGUUAACACCCUUACCGUCCCACUGGAAGAGCUGGAAAAUGGAGGCCAUCAUUGGGUUGUACUUGUUGCUGGCUCCAGUGGCUGGUAUAACUAUAGGCAUCAGGCGGAUAUAUGCCAUGCCUACCAGAUUGUCCACCAACAUGGUAUUCCAGAUGAGCGAAUUAUUGUCAUGAUGUAUGAUGACUUGGCCGAGAAUGACGAGAAUCCUACAAGAGGUAUUAUUAUUAAUCGGCCCAAUGGCACAGAUGUAUACAAAGGCGUGGUCAAGGAUUAUGUACAAGAGAAUGUGACCCCAGAAUUAUUUUUGGCCGUUCUCCGAGGAGACGAAAAAGCUGUAAAAGGCAAAGGUUCUGGCAAGGUUUUAAAAAGUGGCCCCAAAGAUCACGUAUUUGUUUAUUUUGCUGAUCACGGAGCAGAUGGAAUACUAGCAUUUCCCAAUGAUGAUCUUCAGGUGGCUGACCUGCAGAGGACCAUCAGAUACAUGCACAAGCAUAAGAAAUAUGCUAAGAUGGUGUUUUACAUUGAAGCUUGUGAAUCAGGAUCAAUGAUGGUGGACCUGCCAGAGGACAUUAAUGUGUUUGCCACUACUGCUGCCAAUCCAGAGGAAUCUUCAUAUGCUUGUUAUUAUGAUGAACUUAGACAGACCUAUUUGGGUGAUGUGUACAGUGUUGUGUGGAUGGAAGACUCUGACCAGGAGGACCUGAGAAAAGAAUCAUUGCAUCGUCAAUUCAGAAUUGUAAAGAGCAGGACCAACACAAGCCACGUGCAAGAGUAUGGAAAUCUGACAGUUUCCCACAUGAAACUGAAUGCAUUUCAGGGCUCAAAGAAGGGACCCCCCAAAAUGGAGCCUCCAGUAGACAUUGUAGAUGCAGUGCCAAGCCCUGAUGUUCUUCUCAGCAUUCUUAAACGCAAGUAUAUGGCAACAAGUAACAUUGAGGAGGCUCGGAAGCUUCUGACUCAGAUUGGUGGGCAUCUGGAGAGAAAAAGGGUAAUUCAGGAGUCUAUGAAGAAGAUUGUUUCCAUUGUUACAGAAUCUGAGGAACAAGCAUCACGGAUUCUAAAUUCUCGAAGUCGUAUCUAUGAUCACACAUGCUAUCAAGCUGCAAAUUACCAUUUCAAAACUCGCUGCUUCAACUGGCACACACCACUGAAUGAGUAUGCACUGAGACAACUUUAUGCUUUAGUCAAUCUUUGUGAAGAAGGUUUUUCAAUAAACAGUAUCCUUCAAGCCAUGGAUAAAGUAUGCCUUGUGAGGAGUUAAAAUGCACUGGACUGAAUAUACAGAAAAUUUUAUUCUUUUCUCAUUUGGGACUGAGAAUAAUGGAACAGAUUUGUUUAAUUUACUGUGGAACAAAAUCCUUAAAUGUCUUGAUUUUAAUAUUGCUUCCUUUCAUACAUCUUGAUUUUCAUACUAUGUCAGUACAACAGUUUGCUCAGAUUGCCUUACAGAUGGAAAGCAAUUUAACGUGAAAUAUGCACCUUGUAACCAAAGAUGAUUUUCCCUUUGGUUGUUUUUGUUUUGAUAGUUGUAAGUGACUAGGAUGAGGGGAAAGUACUAAUUGCCAUUGUAUAAUUCAACUAUACUCAGAACUACAUGUGUGUAUAAAAACAAUGAGUAUAAAUCACUGAAAUGAGGAAAAACCUUUAGCAUGUCCAUUGAAAAUAUUUGAAAUUUCAGGAGUGAAACUAUUGACAAUUGCACACAUUCUUGCCUCUACCAGGAUUAUUAAAUACAAUUUUAAUAAAUUUACCUCUCCCACUUAUUGCUGUCUUAAUAUAACAUCCUUGUAUUUAUGAAAGUGCACUUCUUUUCAUCUUGAUGAACACUAAUAUUGACUCAUGAUAUGCAAGGGAAAGCUAUUGAAGUGGUUGAGAAAGUUACCCUGAGGAAUUCCCAAAAUGACUGGAGUUGUAAUGAUUGGCUGUCAACCACACUAACUACAACCCCCUGCCACUUGGGAGUUUUUGUUGAGCCCUGGUUGGGAAAGGCUGUUUGAUUCCAUUUUCUCAACCAAAUGCUACCUUGAUGGGAAUUGACCUGCAUCCAUACUUGGAGUACUUUCUUUUUGAAACGGUUGGUGUGAAAGGUUCACGUGUAUGGGGCUGUCAAGUGAGGAGGCUGGGCAAUGUGAUGUCAUCUAUGAGCUCUUGACAUAUAGUGGGGUGAAGUUAAGUUGAGGCUGGAAAUGGGCAGUAAUGGAUCAGAUCAAUUAUAUUUGUAACCAGUUACUGAUGUACUAAUGCCUCUUUCAUGACCCUGGGAUGGAAAGCUUCCACCUGUAUGUUAUUAAGUAAGUGAAUCAUUGAUAAUCUUGCUGUCAUGCCUUUCAAUUAUUGCUGAUUUGUAUUUCUCAAUCUAUGUACAUUUUGUUACAAUGCUUGACUCUGAAUCAGAUUUUACAAAAAAAAAUUCCCAUUUGUGUAGUAAUAAUACUGAUUACCUGCUCAGAAGCUGAUCUUGGAGAAUUGUCUCUCCCACAAUGUGUAUCUGAAGGUCCCAAGCCUCCUGGACACUUGCUUUUUGUCUGCACAAUUCCCUUGGGCUGAUGGUGACACAUUUGAGGCAAAAUACUAAACUCUGUUAUCAUGCCACAAACAAUGAUAAAUCAAGUCCUGCUGCUCAUUGCCAGUUGAAUGUGUUUCAACCUGGAUCUCUUAUGAUCUUUUUGUCCUGCAAGUUUUCAUUCACCCUUCCAAGAUUAUACUAUUUCUAUAUCUGCCACUCAUUUGAGUUCAUACUUUCAUUACAUUGCUAACUAAUGCUGGCAUACUCCUUCCCCAUCUAUGAUCUCUGAUGGUGCUGAAUCUUCCUUCCUCAGUCUGCUGCUGGCCUUCAUUUGGUAGCCUCUAAUUCUUAAGUUUGUGCAUUCAAUUCUCUUGCCUGAGACUUAACACAAUUUAACUUUUUGUGAUCAACUUUUUAAACUUCUUAAAAAGUUAAAGUGCACCAGUGAGGUAUAGCUUCACUGUAGAAGGUGGAAUCUUUACAUGAAGUGUUUAAACCACAAGCUUCAACUGCUCCUUUGGGUGACAUAAAAGAUUCCAGUACACCGGUUCAAAGAUUAGCAUGGAGACCAUCUGGCUCGAUCUUUAAUUAUCCCUUCAUUAAAAUCAAAACAGAUUG